AUGUCAUCAUUUUUCAAAAGAGUCGACCCAAACGCCCCCGCAGCCAGAAGAGCAGGAGCAGGUGGGCCAGGUGGUGGUCCAGCUGGUAACUCACCUUAUGAGAGGUUACCAGCCGAUAACGGUUCUUAUUCAUCUUUACCACCUCGACAGAGUCCCGCACCUCCUCAACAACAACGAGACCUAUAUGGUCAAUCUCAAGGUCAACCCCAAGGAUAUGGAUAUGAUAGUCCACAGAGAGGACAACAACAACAACCUCCCUUACCACCUCGUAACCCACCUUCAUCGCAACAAGGACCGGGAGGGUAUGAAGGGUAUUAUCAAGAGAAAGCUGAAUAUAGACCUACCCCACCUCAGCAGCCUCAGGCUCAACAGAGGGGAUAUCCACAACAAUCGUCAGGAGGUGGUGGACGAGGAAUGUACAAUAUCGCACCAUGUCCUUCUGAUCCACUUGCUCUGACUAAUCGAUUGGUAGUCAACCCGAAUGAUUUCCCACAAGACGUUGAAUUUGUAUUGAUGAGGAAUAAAUUCAUCUUCUCUAUCGUACGAGACCCCACACAUACACUCCCACCAAGACAUGUCGGUCCAUCGAAGAUUAUCAGACAAUGGGUCGGGCUAUCUGCCGUAGGAGAGACCGUGGAUCUGGAACCUUAUCAUCCUGGAAAUGGAGACUGGGCUAGUACCGUUGAAUUAGAGGUCGGAUUCAGAUUGAAACGAAAGGAGACCUCCGAUCUGUUCGAUAGUGAAGAGAUGGCUGCUGCCUUUAUCAAUGCAUUCCCCUCGCUCCCUCUCACACCUCUACAACCCCUCGUAUUCGAUUACCGAGGUCACGAGCUUAAAGCCACCGUCAGAGCUGUGUCUACCCUUGACGGCAACGAUGGUGGCACGGGUAUAAUCAUGGAAGGUACAGAGGUGAUCUGGGUGAAGGAUCCAGCAAGUGGAAUAAAGUUGAAAAACAGCUCGAAAAGAGGUCCUACCAAUGCUAUCCUCGCACCAAACUUCAAAUUCGAAGAUAUGGGUAUCGGUGGUCUCGAUACAGAGUUCGCAGCGAUUUUCAGGAGAGCUUUCGCAAGUCGUAUCUUUCCUCCUGGCCUGGUAGAUAAAUUGGGUAUCCAACAUGUCAAAGGUAUUCUGUUGUUCGGUCCCCCUGGUACUGGUAAAACCCUCAUGGCCAGACAGAUUGGUAAAAUGCUUAAUGCGAGAGAACCAAAGGUCGUCAAUGGUCCUGAGAUCUUGAACAAGUUUGUUGGACAAAGUGAAGAGAACAUCAGAAAGCUAUUCGCAGAUGCUGAGAAAGAACAAAAGGAAAAAGGUGAUGAAAGUGGAUUACAUAUAAUCAUCUUUGAUGAGCUCGACGCUAUUUGUAAACAACGUGGAUCGACCAAUAGCGGUACCGGUGUAGGCGAUUCGGUGGUCAAUCAAUUACUUUCCAAGAUGGAUGGUGUAGAUCAACUGAACAACGUUUUAAUCAUCGGUAUGACAAACCGAAUGGAUAUGAUCGACGAAGCUCUCCUUCGACCUGGAAGAUUAGAAGUUCACAUUGAGAUCUCUUUACCGGACGAAGCUGGACGAUUCCAAAUUUUGAAUAUCCAUACCGCCAAAAUGAGAAACAACGGCGUGAUGGCUGAUGAUGUUGAUUUGGCCGAGUUGGCGGCUUUGACGAAGAAUUUCUCAGGUGCAGAAUUGGGUGGUUUGACGAAGAGUGCUACGUCCUUUGCAUUCAAUAGACACGUCAAAGUUGGAACCGUCGCUUCAUUUGAGGAAGUAGAGAACAUCAAAAUCUCGCGAGCGGAUUUCAUGCAUGCCUUGGAUGAGGUACAGGCAGCUUUCGGUGUAUCGGAAGAAGAGCUACAACAGGUGGUCCAAAAUGGUAUUAUCCAUUAUUCACAACGUGUUAAUGAUGUACUCAACGAUGGAAGUCUGUUGGUCGAACAAGUUAGGAAAUCAGACAGGACCCCUUUGGUAUCUGCUUUAUUACAUGGUCCAUCUGGUGCCGGUAAGACUGCACUGGCAGCGACGAUAGCCAUGGCUUCGGAUUUCCCAUUCAUCAAGUUGAUCUCGCCUGAAAGUAUGGUAGGGUUCUCUGAACCUCAAAAGAUCGCUCAAUUGCAUAAGAUCUUCUCGGACAGUUACAAGAGUCCGCUGAGUGUGAUUGUAGUUGAUAAUAUUGAAAGGUUAUUAGACUGGAAUCCUAUUGGACCUAGAUUCGCGAAUGGGGUUUUGCAGGCUUUGGUUGUGUUAUUCGGUAAAAGACCACCUAAGGGUCGAAGACUUCUGAUCUUAGCUACAACAUCCAACCGAUCCAUUUUAUCAGAUAUGGACGUCUUAUCAGCCUUUGAUACCGAUAUACCCAUUGCGCCAAUAACCACCUUGGAAGGUAUCGAUCAUUGUUUGAGAGAAGUGAAAUUGUUCUCGUCGUCUAAAGAUCAUCAGCGAUUAUUAUCGAUCUUACAGGAAUCACACGUCAAUGACUUAUCAAUUGGGGUGAAGAAGUUGUUGACGUUGGCGGAAAUGGCUAGACAGGAUCCUGAUCCGAUUAAUAAGUUGGCGAGUAGCUUGAUCCGGGAGGUUGCUUAG